CCAAGCAAUAAGUAUUGCGUCACAGAUUAAAAAUUUGUGCUGGAUUUAAAUCACGCACGGAAUUAUUCAUUUUAGUGUAAUACACGUUUUUACAAUGAUAACAGUUAUCCGGCCAUAAAUCUUCGUAGGUACCGGCAUAUCGGCCUAUCGCAUCCUACGUGAGAUACAUCGAGGUCCGUGUAUUUUCUUUUCACGGACAGUAUCUGACCUAAAUUUAAAUAUUCGUCUCAUUUCCUUAAUUGUUAUCAUUUACGCGUAUAUAAAGACUGGCGAGAGGAAACGAGCGUUAGAUUAACAUUUAAACUUCCAAACUUCUUUGUCGAAAUUUUGCCGGCUAAAAAUGUUGUUGGUACUUUGUGUCUUGGGUAUUGUCGCCAUACCUAAGCUAUCAGGUAAGAAUAGUAAUAUUAAAUCUGAAUCAUUCAAUCAAAGCCCGAAAAUCGUGGGCGGCAGCUCUGCUGGUGAAGGACAAUACCCUUAUCAAGCAUCCCUUCGAUACCGUGGCCGUCAUUUCUGUGGCGGUUCUAUCAUAAAUAAGCGAUGGAUCCUUACAGCUUCUCAUUGUUUGACGGGUUUUAAUGAUACGGCCAUUUCCGUUGUAUUGGGCACAAACACCCUAGAUAAGGGUGGCGACGAAUAUGCUUCGAUCAAGAAAUGGGUUCAUCCGUUCUACAGCUCCGCUUUAAUUAGGAAUGAUAUCGGAUUAAUCAAACUUGAUAGGGACAUCGUCUUUGGCGACAAAGUGAAACCGAUCAAUCUGCCUGCUAAAAAUUUUGACAAAUUUGAUUAUCCGGCAAUGUUGUCUGGUUGGGGUACAACCAGUUUUCCGGGAGAAGCACCAAAUGAAUUACAACACAUCCAGCUUACAGUUAUCGAUCAAAAGCAGUGCUUAAGUACCAGCUUUCGUAUCACCAACAACAACAUCUGCACUCUCAACAAGCAGGGCGAAGGCGCUUGUCACGGCGAUUCUGGUGGACCUCUAGUAACCGAUGGCGAGCAAAUCGGUGUGGUGUCUUGGGGAGUUCCUUGCGCUAAAGGACACCCGGAUGUAUUUACACGAGUCCACUCCUACUUGGAUUGGAUCAAGCAGCAUAUCCAAAAGGAAAAUUGAUAGACUUUCUCCAGAAUUUCGAAUUAGUUCUCACUUAUUCCGUAAAUAGAAAAUUGAUUGUCAAAUAACGAAGUUGACGAAGUCAAAUAAUUUGAUUUUAUUCUAUAAAGUACUGCAAUAAAUAUAUUUAUUAUAUAAGAAAUUAUUGUAUUUAAAUAGCAUAAAAUAAAUUCCUUUGCAUGUACACAGACAUAAAAUUAUAACUAACUUUUUAAUGUUGUGCGUUAGUUGAUAAAAUUAGUUAAAGUAAUAAAGAAAUAAAGUUAAUGCAAAUUUAUUUAACAAAGCAUAAAUAAUAUAAAUAAUAUAGAAUACUGCUUAAAACAAAAAAUACGUAUUUUAUUCACGUAAUCGUUAAUUUUUAUCGGUUGAGGCGACAACCUGAUAAGUAAAGCUGCUAGCAGCUGCUCACCAGAGAGACUAAACAGACGUGCUACGCCGUCUGUUUCUCACACAAAAUUAUUCUUAUUACAAUAAUUAUUUAUAAUUUGAAACAACAUAACCAUAACAACGCGGACGGUGUGAGUUCUAUAUGUAAAUUUCAAUUAUUUCAAUUAUUAUUAUUAAUAAAAUUCUUAAUUAUUACAAACAAAAAUAUCACGAAAAUCUUUCAUAUAUAUGAACGAAAUAUUAUAUUAUAAUAAAAGCAUAAAAACAAACUUGAAUUCACACACAGUACGUUCCAAUUUCAGCGAUACAUGACCAGUAACGCGAUCUAGAUUAGCUAGAUAUUUUACAAUUGCACAUAAUUGACAUUAGCAUAAUUUCAACAACAGUAGACAUCUUGCCAAGCAGAAUUAACUUGAUUCAGCUUCAAAUGUCACGUGCAUACAUCCGACAAAAAUUAAAACAUUUAUAAUAAAAUACAUCAAAUAAAUCUUAAGCAUAAAAUUAAACGAUCAAGAGAGCAACAUAUCCUUUCAUAAUAAAAAACUUUAUAAUGCUAUACAUUUUAGCACUAAUAAUUCGUUUUAUUUCAAUAGUGAUUCGCGUAUCUAUGUCAAGAAUUACAGAGAAAAUAAUGAUUAUCGUAUCCUUUCAUUUACUGAGAAUAUUCGUAAAAAUCGUGUUUUUCGCCACUGCCAUGCGCGGUUUCUCGAUUAACGAUCGGUGAAUUUAAGGAACCAACGCGAAUCCUGAACAAAGAUCUCGGGCAAGCUCCUAAUGACCUACUUCUAGCGGCGCAUGCUCGUAUUUGAGUGCAUCCGACGUCUCUUCGAAGGAAAAAACUUCGCGUAGCUGCGCCCGACAGCAGGUGAUGACUUUCGUGCACGGAACAAAGUUCAAAAGGAAAAAA